GUUUGUUGGCCAUCAACGCUGCUUGCUGGCUAACAGUUGCUGCUCUGUUGUUGCUGAGGGAUAAUUCUUCAUCACUCCAACAAAUUCGUGAUUUUGUAAUACGGGUACUGUUUCAAUGGUUUCCAAAAGAAGAAGGGCCACUUCUCCCUCCAGCAGUGCCAGUGGAGGAGACUUUGAUGAUACCAACUCAUCCACCCCAGGCAAUGGAUGGAAGAGGAGGAGAGCUUCCACUGCCCCUUCUUUUGAUCAAAUUGCUGUGUGCCAUGAAUUGUACAACACUGUCAGAGAUUACAAGGAUGACCAGGGCAGACAGAUCUGUGAGCUGUUUGUUCGUGCACCAAAGAGGAGGAACCAGCCAGACUAUUAUGAGGUGGUGAGCCAGCCCAUAGAUAUGAUGAAGAUUCAACAGAAACUCAGGGCAGAGGAAUACCAGGAUAUAGAGCAGUUCACAGCAGACUUUCAACUGCUUAUUAACAACGCCAAAAUGUACUAUCAGACGGACAGUGCAGAGUAUAGGGCUGCCUGUAGGCUUUUGCAUGUCUUUCUGUCCACGAAGAAUGAACUGCUCCAGGGAGGGGAAGAAGAGGAGGCAGAUGAUGAUGAUGAGGAGGGUGAAGACAUUGAGAACCCUAGUGCUUCCUUGGAGGAGGAGACAGCACCAAGUUAUUUAAAAGCCAUACUGGAGCAGCUCUUGGAGGCCAUUGUGUCAUGUACUGAUACAUCAGGGAGGCUUGUUAGUGAGCUCUUCCAGAAACUUCCCUCCAAACUGCAUUACCCAGACUACUAUGCUGUAAUAAAAGAACCAAUAGAUCUACGUACCGUGUCUCAGAGGAUACAGGCUGGCCAUUACAAAUCUAUCAGUGCCAUGGCUAAAGACAUCGAUCUUUUGGCAAAAAAUGCCAAAACCUACAAUGAGCCAGGAUCGCAGGUUUUCAAGGAUGCGCAGACAAUUAAGAAGGUUUUUGCACAGAGAAAGAUUGAGAUUGAGCAGGCUGAACCCACUAAAUCCAGCCUACGCAUCAGAAACCGGAGGUCUGCUCAGGGUGACCGUCUGUCUGCCAUCACCAUGACACUUCAGGCAGGUUCUGAAAGUGAUGAAGACUCCCUGAUUUUAGGCUCUGUGCGGUAUGAAACUGGAGAGAUGGAGGCUGAUUGUGGUCUCAGUUCUAGCGACCCAAUCUUCCAGCUGUACCAUGCAGUGCGUGGGGCACGAAGUGUUCAGGGGCAGCUACUUGCUGAACCAUUCCUUCAACUGCCCUCACGCAGGGAAUACCCAGACUACUUUCAGCAGAUCAAAAACCCCAUAUCCCUACAACAGAUCAAGGAUAAAAUGAAAAGUGGGGUGUAUGAUGGAGUCGAUCCGAUUGAGGCUGACCUCAUGCUCAUUUUUGAGAAUGCUAAACGCUACAACAUGGCCAACUCCACCGUAUACAAACGUGCUCAAAGGCUACAGCAGAUAUUGCAGCUAAAGAAAAGAGAGCUUCGCGAUGACGAUGAAGGAGAUGCCUCAGCCACUGCCUCUGAUGUUGGAAGUGGUAAAAGGAAAAGCCAUAAGAAGAACACAAAGAAGAACCGACUGAAGAUGCUGUAUGCUGCAUUGACCGAGGCACGAGAGACAGGCACAGGACGACGUCUUUGUGACCUGUUUAUGGUCAAACCUUCUAAAAAAGACUACCCAGACUAUUACCAGGUCAUCCAAGAUCCCAUGGACCUGCGUACCAUUGAGAAUAAUAUCCGCACUGAUCGUUACAACAAGGAGGAUGCACUUAUGGAUGAUAUAAAGCUUAUGUUUCGCAAUGCCUGCCACUAUAAUGAGGAGGGCUCUCAGGUUUACAAUGAUGCAAACAUCUUAGAAAAGAUAGUUAACGAAAAGCAGAAGGAGCUUGGACCUGCCCCAGAGGAAGAUGACAUGGGCUCUCCUAAACUCAAGCUUCGACGUAGCGGAGUUGCAACCUCCCCUAAAAAGGCACGGCCCCAGACAACACCACUUCAACAGAAGCUUUCUGAUCUCUAUGAAGCAGUGUGCAAUUUUACAGACAACCGCGGGCGACGUCUCAGUGCAGUUUUUAUGCGUUUGCCAUCACGUGCUGAGCUGCCUGACUAUUAUGCCGCCAUUAAGCGCCCCAUCGACAUGGAGCGAAUACGCAGCUACAUGGUUCAGGGUCGCUACCAAGAUGUUGACUCGCUGGCGGAAGAUUUCAUCCUUAUGUUCAACAACGCCUGCACCUAUAACGAGCCCGAAUCUCUAAUAUAUCGUGAUGCACUACUUCUACAUCGAGCUUUCCUGGAAGCCCGUCGCCGAAUUGAGGAUGAAGAGGAAGGAGAGGAAAGUGGUUUGGCUGGUGUGUCAGUUGCCCCUCUUGUGCGUGAGCUCAUCCGUAAUCUCUUUGUUUCAAUGAUGGGGCACCAGGAUGAUGAGGGGCGCUGCUACAGCGACUCUUUGGCGGAGGUGCCAGCUGUGGACCCAGCUAACCCAGAAGACCCACCACUCAGUUUAGAGAUUAUUCGCAAUAAUGUGGAGCGUGGGCGCUAUCGUAGAGUGGAUGUGUUCCAGGAGCAUGUGUUUGAGGUGUUGGAGAAAGCUAGACGCCUCAACAGGACUGAUUCAGAAAUCUUUGAGGAUUCGGUGGAGCUGCAGCAGUUCUUCGUAAAGAUCCGCGACGAACUUUGCAAGAAUGGCGAGAUCUUGCUGACACCAGCAUUGAGCUACACAUCCAAACAUCUGCAUGCGGACAUAGACCAAGAGAAGCGAGAGAAACUGCCCCAAGAAAUUGAGGAAGACCGGCUGAAACGAGAGGAGGACAGUAAAGCUCUUCCAGAAGAGGGCAAGCUAGAGGGUCAUGCAGGAAGCCGGUGGCCAUCGGGUUCUCAAAGCUCAUACAGUCAGGACUGCAGCUUUGAGAACAACACCUACAGCGUAGGAGACUGUGUAUAUGUGCAGCCUGAAGAAGCCAAUUUGCAACCUCACAUUGUCUGCAUUGAGAAACUCUGGAAGGAUGAAGCUGGUGAACAGUGGAUGUAUGGCAGCUGGUUUUAUCGUCCAGGGGAAACAUUCCAUCUGGCCACGCGCAAGUUCCUGGAGAAGGAGGUGUUCAAGAGCGAUUACUCUAACCGUGUACCUUUAAGUAAAAUCUUGGGGAAAUGUGUUGUCUUGUUUGUAAAGGACUAUUUUAAAUUGCAACCAGAAGGCUUCAGACCCGAAGAUGUAUAUGUCUGUGAAUCUCGCUACAUGGCUAGAACCAAAACCUUCAAGAAGAUCAAGAUAUGGUCCAUGCCACCAAGCUCCAUGAAACUCGUCCAUCGUGAAGUUCUGUUACCCGUUGUCAGAGUCGCCUCUAUGUUUGUCAGUGCUGCAAAACGUGAUCAAGAAAAGUAUGACCUUACUAAUGGAGACAGUGAUAGUUUCAUUGAGAAAGAGCGAGAGGACGUUCUAGUGGAGGUAGCCAAUGGGGAGCCAGGAUGCCAGUACUUUGAACAGCUCCACUACAAUGACAUGUGGCUUAAAUUGGGUGACUGUGUCUACAUACGCUCACAUGGGCUGGUGCGUCCACGAGUUGUCAGGAUUGAGAAGAUGUGGGUGCAGGACGAAGCAAGGUUCUUCUUUGGACCCAUCUUCAUCCACCCUGAAGAGACUGAACAUGAGCCAACAAAGAUGUUCUACAAGCAUGAAGUAUUCCUCAGUAGCCUGGAGGAGACCUGUUCUAUGACCUGUAUCUCAGGGAAAUGUGUGGUCUCGUCUUUUAAGGAUUUCCUGUCCUGCAGACCAACUGAGUUUGCAGAGGAAGAUGUGCUCCUGUUUGAAAGUCGCUAUAUUGAGAGCGAAAAGCAGAUGAAGAAGUUUAAAUGCUCUAAACGUUUCUCCCUCUCAGCCAAAGUGGCUGAUGAUGAGAUCUACUACUUUAGAAAACCCAUCGUGCCCCAGAAGGAACCAUCUCCUCUGCUGGAUAAAAAGAUUGAGGAACUAGAGGCUAAAUUUGCUGACAUAGAGGACCUGGAUGAAGAUUUGGACGACAUGGAAGACGACGAUGAUGAAGCACCAGUGACACCAAUGCCACCGAGUCAGGCUUCUACAACAAGUGACAUGGAUAUGCCUUAUACCCCACCACAGUCCACGCCAAAGAUAAAGGGUUUGUCCAAGAAGGAAGGAGCCAAGCGUAAGAUCAACAUGAGUGGCUACAUCCUUUUCAGCAGUGAAGUGAGAUCCAUUAUAAAGGCUCGUAACCCUGAUUUCUCCUUUGGAGAGCUGAGCCGUCUGGUGGGCACUGAAUGGAGGAACCUGGAAGCUACUAAGAAAGGAGAAUAUGAAGAACGAGCGGCUAAACUUGUGGAACAUCAAGAACGGGAGAGAGUCCUCCAGCAACAGCAGCAGCAGGCUUCCCCUAGACCAGGUACCCCAGUCGCAUCAAUGGUGGGGGUGGUACCUCACCCAAGUGCAAUGGGGAUGCUAAACCAGGCCAUGCCACCUGUGCCAGGCAUGAUGGGAAAUUAUGGCUCACCUUACAUGCCUAUGCAGUGUCCUCCUGAGGGCAUGAUGGGCAUGGGUGGCACACCACCUCUUCAUAUGGGGGUGCCCAACCUGCCUCCACAGCACUACCUUCCACCAGGCAUGGCCGGGUACCCUGGUAUGCCCCAUCCGGGUGUGAUGGGCCCAGGAAUGAAUGGUAUGGCAGGAAGUCCUGGUCCUGGAAACCCUUAUGGCAUGCAGAUGGGUGGUUAUGGGCCAGGACAACAGGCUCCACCCCCAUAUCCAGUUCAAGGUCAAUCAGCUCACCAACAACUGGCCCCACCUCUUUUUGUUGCCCCACCUCCAAAGCCCCAGCGUCUGCUGCAUUCAGAGGCUUAUCUGAAGUAUAUAGAGGGACUCAGUGCUGAAUCCCCCACCAUAAGCAAAUGGGACCAGAGCCUUAAGGCACAAAGGAAAGACUGUCGACUUACCAAGGAACAAGAGAGCCGCCUCCCUGCUCACUGGCUGAAGAGCAAAGGUGCUCACACCACGAUGGCAGAUGCAUUGUGGAGACUCCGAGACUUGAUGAUGAGAGACACUCUCAAUGUCCGACAGGCCUACAACCUUUAAACCUUCAACUUUUCCCCUAACUCUCAGGACUCUUAAUUUAUGCAAGACUAUUCUCCUACCAAAUCUUUCCUAUGAUGACUAAAGAUCAGAUGAAGUAUUGUGUCGGAAAUGCUUGAGCAAUAAUUAUAUUCCCUAGUUUGUUUGUGUGUGUGUGUGUGUGUGUGUGUGUGUGUGUGCGUGUUUGUGUGUGAGAGACGCAGUGGAUUGAAGUCACUAAUGCAUCUGCUAAUUUAUAACCACUGAUAUGGAUUUGUUACAUGCCGUAUGACAUUUGACAGUUGCGUUAUUGUUCCCUAGAUUAAUUAUGGUCAAGUUUACGAUGUUGAACCACAUAUGUUUUUAUAUUGUACACUUUUAAGAAUUCAAACUUGCUAUAGCAGCACCGGAGACACUGGCAUUACCAAUGUACAUAUACCCUCUUAAAAAAAACAUUUGUUGCAUAUGGCCACUUAUAAAUCAUAAUUACACUGAUUUAAGACUUCAAAAGAGGAAAGCUGUAUUGGGAUGUGGUAGCAUUUUACAAUUUUAUAUAUAUAUAUAUAUAUAUAUGAGUUUUUUUUUUUUUUUUUAAUUCAAAAGCGUGGUUUCUCUUUAUUUUAUUGAUGCCAUUUUGGUAUUUUCUCAUUUUGUACAGACAAAAACGCCUGUGAGGAAAAUAAUUCUGCAAUACUUCAGCAUUAAAAGGAACAAAUUUGUGUCAAUUUUACCAAUAAA